AUCAUCAGAAAUAUAUCAUUGAGAUCUCAGAAAGAGAAGCAGUAAUAUGAGUGGGAAAAAAAGAGAAGAAUAUUCGGCAACGGAGAAAGAGGAAGAUGAAGAAGAAGAGAGAGAUCACGAAAUCCUCAAGACCAGAAUCUCUAACCAUCCACUCUAUGACCUUCUUGUUCAACAACACCUCAACUGUUUGAAGGUGAGUGACAUUUCCAACUUGGAAAAAGUGAAGAAGAAGAAAGCAAUGAAGAAGCAAAACCUGGGCUUGUGUAGUCAUUCAGAGCUCGAUCACUUCAUGGAAGCAUAUUGUAUGGCACUAGGGAAGCUGAAAGAAGCAAUGGAAGAACCACAAAUAGAGUCCUUGGAUUUCAUCAACAACAUGCAUUCUCAACUCAGAGACCUCACUGCAUUAACACUAUCUUCUUCUUCUCCUUCUUCUCAUCAUCAAUCUUCCUCUCCUCACUCCAACUUCCAAACACAUCCUUGAUAGCAUAUCUAAAUCAUCUCUAGCUAGUUGUGUAGCUAGCUAUCUUCUGCAUGUAUGCUUUCGCACCAUGUUUAGGACAUGUUUGGCUUCUGUUAAACUUUAAUCUAGAGCUGUGUAGCUACAUAUUGAUCUUCUUUUGCAGCUAUAGCUUGGUAUAAGUCAUACCACUUUCUAUAUAUCUCUAUGUCCUGCUGAAUCACUGCAUGGAUAUAUACUUUAUUUGACGUCCUCUU